AUGGGGAAGAACAGGCUGCCCAUCAAACCAAGCAUCUUCCUCCUUCUCCUCUUCUUCUUUCCAGGAGACACCUCACCCAUCACAGAGCCGCAGUAUAUGGUGCUGCUGCCCUUUCUGAUACACACAGAUUCUCCUGAGAAAGUCUGUGUUCAGCUAACCCACCUGAAUGAGUCUGUGACGCUGAGAGCCACGCUCGAAUACCAAGGGGAAAACAGGAGCUUGAUUAAUGAUGUGGUGUCAGAGAAAGAUGUGUUCACCUGCAUCCCUUUCUCUCUUCCCAAAUCAAACAACCAGCCACCAAUCACGUUUCUCACCGUGACGGUGAAGGGGGCCACACUGCAGUUCAUGAGCCGCAAAUCGGUGCUGGUCCAGAAUUCUGAGAGCUUGGUCUUCAUCCAGACAGACAAACCCAUCUACAGGCCUGGACAGACAGUCCAGUUCAGAAUUGUUUGUCUGGAUGAAGAUUUCCAUCCCUUGAAUGAGGUGUUUCCACUGGUAUAUAUUGAGGACCCAAAGAAAAACCGUCUGUACCAGUGGACAAAUGCAGAAUUAAAGAUGGGAUUUAUACAGCUGUUCUUCAACCUCACCUCUGAACCUAUGGAAGGGACCUACACAGUGGUGGCACAGAAGGCCUCUGGGAAGACAGUUCAGCAUCUUUUCUUUGUGGAGGAGUAUGUGCUGCCAAAAUUCGAAGUAACAGUGAACAUGCCCAAGAUGAUCAGCAUUCUUGAUGAGAAGCUGAAGGUGACAGUUUGUGGUCUAUACACAUUUGGGAAGCCUGUUCCUGGCCUCGUGAACUUCCGUGUCUGCCGGAAGUUUGAAAAUCCAGCUACUCUCUGCUAUGGUGAAGAGGCUAAAGCAGUGUGUGAGGAGUUCUCUGGACAGACAGACAACUAUGGCUGUAUUUCUGAAAUGGUGAAGACCAAGUUAUUCCACCUCAAAAGAGCUGGAUAUGAGAAUAAGCUCCAUGUAGAGGCUAAGAUUAAAGAGGAGGAUACAGGAGUGGAGGCGACUGGAACAAGCUUCUCUGAGAUCACAAGCACCAUUAGCAGAAUCACCUUUGAGCAUUCAGACUCCUACUACAAACGUGGAAUCCCCUUCUUUGGGCAGGUGAAACUAGUGGAUGGGUCUGGUGCUCCAAUCGCCAAUGAAACUGUGAGAAUUUCUUUACAAGGAGCACAGGAAAAAAACUACACAACAAAUGAAAAGGGCGUGGCACAAUUUGCAUUAAACACUUCCAUGUUGGACUUUGAUGCUAUUCGAAUUAGGGCAAUUCAUAAAACACACCCCUACUGCUAUGACCGUUCCUGGGUUAGUCCAUAUUACGGAGAAGGAUAUCUUCAUCUAAAGCGCUUUUACUCUCCUAGUAAUAGCUUCCUCAAAAUUGAGCCCAAGUAUGAGGCAUUAAGAUGUGGCUCCUCCACAGAACUCCGGGUCCAUUAUAUCCUUACUCCAGAGGCCCUAGGAGAGCAGAAGAAAUUAACCUUUUACUAUCUGGUGACGGCCAAGGGAAACAUUAAGCAAGCAGGCACACACAUUCUGGAUUUGGACCAGGAAGAUGCCAAUGGUGUCUUUUUGCUACAGCUGCCUGUACAAGCUGAUUUUGCUCCAGUGGCCCAAGUGCUUAUCUACACCACUGCCCCCAGCAGUGAGGUGAUCGCUGAUUCAGCCAAGUUCUACAUAGAAUUAUGUUUCAACAAUAAGGUGGACUUAAGCUUCUCUCCUUCAGAAGGUUUGCCUUCCUCUGAUGCUCACUUGCUGUUCAGAGCCUCCCCGAACUCUCUUUGUGCUGUCCGUGCUGUGGACAAGAGCAUUCUCCUCCUGAAGCCAGAAGCUGACCUGUCACCCACCUCUGUGUAUAAUUUGCUGCCAGUGAAGGAAUUGCAUGGCUAUCACCAUGGUCCAGACAUGCUCUUGGAUGAGCCCUUGGAGAACUGUAUUUCCUUGAAGCCAAUAGUUCUGAAUGGGAUCACCUAUUCUCCAGUAGUGGAGGCGAAUGAAGAGGACACUUACAGCAUCCUAAAGGAGAUGGGUUUAAAGGUCUUCACAAAUACCAAGGUGAGGAAGCCUCAGUAUUGCCGCCCUCAGAUUUCCAUGCAUCCAGGAGUCGCCUUAGCAUCACAUGGAGCCAUGGCCGCAGUACCUAUGUAUGCAAAGAGGACAAGCGGCAUUCAGUCAGGUUUGACACAUUUUGACACGUUAAGCACAACUAGUGAGCCGAUGGACACAGUCCGAAAGUAUUUCCCAGAAACUUGGAUUUGGACUUUACUACCUAUAAACUCUGAGGGAAAUGCUGGCCUAGAUGUGACCAUUCCUGACACCAUCACUGAGUGGAAAGCCAAUGCAUUCUGCACUUCAGCAGACACAGGCUUUGGCCUGUCCCCAACAGUGUCCUUCAGAGCCUUCCAGCCCUUCUUUGUUGAGCUCACCAUGCCCUACUCUGUAGUGCGUGGUGAGUCCUUCACGCUGAAAGCCACCGUUUUCAACUACCUGAACAGCUGCAUCAGGGUCAGUGUGACUCUGGCUCAGUCUACUCAUUAUGUGGCUACUCUGGUGGAAAAGGAGGAAGAAUCUCAUUGUCUCUGUGAGAAUGGGAGGAAAACUGUGGCUUGGCUGGUGACUCCCAAGUCUCUAGGGCAUGUGGAGUUCUUGGUAAGCACUGAAGCCCUACAGAACCAGAAGCCCUGUGGGAAUGCCAUUGUGGAGACCCCUGCGAAAGGGCGGAAGGACACAGUCAUCAGACAGCUACUGGUGGAGCCUGAAGGAAUUGAGAAGGAAACAGCCCAGAACUCUGUGCUCUGUGGAAAAGGAGUGCCUGUGAAAGAGAAGUUUUCCCUGUUGCUACCUCCAAAUGUGGUGCAAGACUCGGGCAGAGCAUAUUUCUCAGUGCUGGGUGACAUCAUGGGCACUGCCAUGCAAAACCUCCAUCAGCUGCUCCAGAUGCCAUUUGGCUGUGGGGAGCAGAACAUGGUCCUAUUUGCACCCAAUAUCUAUGUCCUGGACUAUCUGAACAAGACAGGGCAGCUGAGUGAGGAGGUCAAAUCCAAGGCCAUUGGAUAUUUAGUGAGUGGGUAUCAGAGGCAGCUGAACUACAAGCACACAGAUGGCUCUUACAGUACCUUUGGACCACGCUAUGGCCAACUGGGGAAUACCUGGCUCACAGCCUUUGUCCUCAAGUCCUUUGCCCAGGCCCGGCGUCACAUCUUCAUCGAUGAGAGGCACAUCCAAGAUGCUCUGCUCUGGCUGGCAUACAAACAGAAGGAAAACGGCUGUUUCCACAGUUCUGGGACACUCCUGAACAAUGCUAUGAAGGGUGGAGUGGACAACGAGUUGUCGCUGACAGCCUACAUUACUAUCGCAUUGCUGGAGAUUCCUCUGCCAGUAACGCAUUCAGUGGUGCGUAAUGCUCUGUUC